CUAGCCGGACGGCUGAGAGAAGCCAUGUCUGCAGCACCAGGCAGGUCAAUGAUUCCAACGGCGCGCUCCCUGUGGCUGGGAAGCCAGAGGCGACUGCUUGGGUUCUUGCUUCUGCUCCUGUCUCUCCUUGGCAUCACCUGGACAGAGGCGCAGCCACCCCAGCUGCCAAAGCAAGCUCCUACUCUGCAAGCCCUGAGCGGGAAGGAGAGUUUCUUAAUCCUCACCGCGCACAACCGACUGCGCAGCCAGGUCCACCCUCCUGCAGCCAACAUGCAGAGAAUGGACUGGAACGAGAGCCUGGCACAGCUGGCUCAAGCCAGGGCAGCCCUUUGUGGCUCUUCAGCCUCUCCGAACCUGGCAUCUGCCCCACGGCAUACCCCAGAUGUGGGCUGGAACGUGCAGUUGUUGCCCAUGGGCUCAGCAUCCUUUGUCGAAGUGGUCAACCUCUGGUUUGCUGAAGGGCUGCAGUACAGACAUGGGCACUCCGAGUGUGCACACAAUGCCACCUGCACCCACUACACACAGCUCGUGUGGGCCACCUCCAGCCAGCUGGGGUGUGGGCGGCAGCCAUGCGUCGUUGAGCAGAAAGCCAUGGAAGCCUUUGUCUGUGCCUACUCCCCAGGAGGCAACUGGGAUAUAAAUGGGAAGACAAUCGCCCCUUAUAAGAAAGGCACCUGGUGUUCCCUCUGCACAGCCAGUAUGUCGGGCUGUUUCAAGGCCUGGGAUCACGCAGGAGGGCUCUGCGAGGUUCCCAGGAACCCAUGUCGCAUGAGCUGCCGAAAUCUCGGACAUCUCAACAUUAGCACCUGUCGCUGUCACUGUCCCCCUGGCUACACAGGGAGGUACUGCCAAGUGCGCUGCAGUGCACAGUGUGUGCAUGGCCGAUUCCAAAAAGAAGAAUGUUCCUGUCUCUGUGAUGUCGGCUAUGGAGGAGCCCAGUGUGCCACCAAGGUACGCUUCCCUUUCCAUACCUGUGACCUGAGGAUCGAUGGAGAUUGCUUCAUGGUGUCCCCCGAGGCAGACACCUACUACGGAGCCAAGAUGAGAUGUCAGGGAAAAGGUGGGGUGCUAGCCCAGAUUGAGAGCCAGAAAGUGCAAGACAUCCUUGCCUUCUACCUGGGCCGCCUGGAGACCACCAAUGAGGUGACUGACAGUGACUUUGAAACCAAGAAUUUCUGGAUCGGACUCACCUACAAGGCAGCUACAGACUCCUUCCGUUGGACUACUGGAGAACACCAGUCCUUCACCAGUUUUGCCUUUGGGCAGCCUGACAACCAGGGGUUUGGGAACUGUGUGGAAAUGCAGGCAUCUGCUGCCUUCAACUGGAACGACCAACGUUGUAAAACUCAAAACCGUUAUAUCUGCCAGUUUGCUCAGAAGCACUAUUCCCAGUGGGAGCCAGGGCCCUGA